GUGACUGCUGGGUGCUGUAGUUCCGGUGCGUGAGUGGAGUCGUGCGGAGCGGAGUGGGGCGCGGAGCCGACCAUGGACAAGCUUAAGCGGGUUCUGAGCGGGCAGGAUGCCGAGGAGUCGAGCGGGGUGAGCGAGGUAAUGGAUGCAACUACAUUAAGCUGGGGCACACGAAUGAAAGGUUUCAUCGCCUGUUUUGCUAUGGGAGUUCUGUGCUCCAUCCUGGGUACAUGCCUGCUGUGGGUGCCAAGGAAAGGAUUAAUUCUUUUUGCAGUAUUUUAUACACUGGGGAAUAUUGCAUCCAUUGGAAGCACUGUUUUCCUUAUGGGACCAAUGAAGCAAUUGAAAAGGAUGUUCGAACCUACUCGUCUGAUAGCUACUAUUGUUAUGCUAUUGUGUCUCGUACUAACGUUGUGUUCUGCCUUCUGGUGGCACAACAAAGGACUUGCUCUCAUCUUCUGCAUUUUACAGUUUUUUGCUUUGGCCUGGUACAGCAUUUCCUUCAUACCUUUUGCAAGGGAUGCUGUGAAGAAAUGUGCGUCUGUCUGUCUGUCAUAACAAAGCAUGUGGGAUGCUUUGUGAAGUUCUAGGAAGUACAGUAGAACCAUGCUAAUUCUUGUGUGCAUCUUCCUGACUGUCUUAAACACGUGCCUUUCAGUUGGUAGUGGGAGGCUUCUUGUGCUUAAAAUCCAGUGUAUAUAGUUACUUUUUGUAAGCAAUGAUGUCCGAGUCAGAAUGUUGAAACGGUUUAUUAUCUGAAACUAUCUGUUUAGCAAAGCCAGAUUGGGAUCUAUAUCUAACUCUGACCUUUAUAUAUGUAUUACAAUUGUGCAGAACAAAACAAAUAAUCCUUGAAGAGCCACUGUUGGGCCAAAAAUCAGAGGAUCCUCAGCUGGCACAAGUUGGCAUGUUUUGCACUUUGAUAAAACUGUGCCACUCUACACUGCUGAGGAUCUAGUCUUGCAGGAGAAGAAAUAUACUUCUCACUGCUUUCUGAUCUUUUAUUGAGAUUUAAAAACCUCACUUCCUCCCACUUAAUGUUUGCACUCACUUUGGACAAUGAAACCUCACUGAUCUCUUUAUUUUCUGGCUCUUUUGCACGAGUGCUUUUGCACGAGUGCUUCAAAGUCCGGUUUUAGAACUGCUGAAGGAAACUCUUUUUUGACUAAAUAUUUCUAAAAAAUUCUUUUCUGUAACCAAAUAACUUUAAACUACUAGGUGUUUCUUUAAUGUAGUAAAUGAAAAUGAGCAUUGAUCAUCCCUGCAAACUAUCCCCCUUGGGGAAAAGUACAAGGAGUUCACUGCAACCAAGGUAAACAAGGCUCUCUGCCUGACAGGGACCUGGGGUUUUUGCCUUGCUUGCAGCAGCUACUAGUAUUGCACAGCAAGGCAGAAGCUGCAUCUUUCUUGUGCUGUUUGGGGCCUGUCCUGUCCACAGCUGUUUAUUGCAGAAACAACAACCCCAUGACUUGAUAAGAACUGAUAUUUAGUUUGUCUGGACACAGAUUUUAUUGUGCUUUUUUUUCUAAAUACUCUUGUGUAUGCUUUGGAAUGGGCAUUUUUGCCCACCUUUUUACAACACCUUCUACUGACAGGAUGUGAGGAGCUUGUGUGUGUUUUUUCUUUGAAUAGGGGGGAAGACAUGGUCUUUGCUCCCAUUAGUUCAAAACCUUUACCACAUCUUGCCUGUAGGCAGAGGCAAUAAGUCCCCUUAGAGAUCAUAGGUCACUGACCAGAAGAAAUACAUAGCCCAGGUGAUCUUCAAGUGCCAGUACCUUCUUCUGAGGGGAAGCAUCAUGAGGAAACUUUAUUUUUGCUAAGGAAACGGGUCCAAUAUUUAACUGCCACCUCUGAACAAAUAGCCUCCAGUGGCUAGGAUUUUUUAUGAAGCAAAAAUUCCAAGAUCACUUUGGCAUUCUCUCAGACUGAGAGAGAUUUCCUGAUAAAUAUAGCAUUGUCACAGUCCUUGGACACACUUUUUACUUUGGGUGGAAUAUAUUUACUACUUAGCCCGUUAUUACCUUGCUGGGGCAAAGGUCUGGGAAGACUUAUUGUACAGCCUGAUGCCAGAGUCCUUGGUGUCUUGUGCAGUUCAUAAGGUCCUCACUGUAGUACAAAUACAACCAUAUUGGAGUAUGAUUACAAUAUGAACCACACUGGCCACCAGAUUACAGUCUUAUCUAUAUAAGAAAAAAGGUAACCAAUAUUUAUAGCCUAGCAAAAGUCUUGAUCAGAUCAGCAGUAAGCAUCAGCUCCACAGUGAAGGUAACCAACUUGGUGGCUUCCAGGAAGCUAUUAAAACCUUAGGAGUGCACAAACCUUAAAGUGCCCUUCAGUUGCUCAAGACAACUUAAUGCAUUUCACUGUAAAGUUCCUCUUCAAAACCUCUCCUGUAAAAACAAACAAACAAAAAAAAUCUUGAGUGAUGGAAGGGCCAUUUCAGUAGGCCAUUGUAGCCUACUGUGAUCGUUAUAGGAUCCUGUCUUGGAAAACCAUGCCCUGGCCAUGCUUGAAAGUAUGAUCACUACAGAAAACUACGCAAAGUACAGCCUAUGUCUAUGAAGUAAAGCACUGGGGAUUUAAUAGUCGGCAUAGCAAUUUCAACGUUCUUCUUUUUUUUUUUUUUCCUUUACCAUUCUUGAGCAAUAAAAGGUACAUGAGACUCUCUUCCUUUCUCUAUCUGUGGCUUCUGAAACUAGAGAUAGCAUGAUACCUUGAAGUAGCAGUUUCCCUGAGUUGUCCAGGUCUUAACAGCAUUCAUUUAUUCCCAUGCUUGGAAACCGUAGCCUUCCAGUCUAGAUCUGGGGAUCUGUCCGUUUUAGCCUCUGUUGCAAUUCUGUUGGCUGGAGGUUACCAUCAUCAGAGGAUUACAUUGUUCACGUCUCGACCUCUGUUCAAUUAGGGUACAUCCACUCCACAAGCGGGUGAUUUGGAAGUAGGGGCAUACAAGGGACACGGGCUUCUUUAACUUCAUUGCACAUUGCUAUUCUUGAAGCGGCUGAAGCCAUAGACUGACCAUUAUUAUCAUUGUUAGAAUAUAGCGGUCUCCUUUUGGAUGUAACGAUCUCCCUCUUCUAUGGUUGCAGACAGCUAGUGACCCAGGAUAGCUAAGCAGUUGUCUUUUUGGGUUUUUUGGUUAGCAUUUAAAGUAAAACUUUACACUUGUACAGAAAGCCUUACCAGUCUCUCCCAAACACAACACUUGUUCUGAGCAUCAUUCAUCUGACUUCUCUGCUAGCAUGACUUUGAGACACCUGCAUUUUUCUAAAUAAGGCUUCUUGACUGCUAAUGUCUCUAAGGCAGCUCAACAGAAGUUAGAGCAAAGGGUAAGGAGGUAGAUACCUUCUUUUAUUUCUCCCAACUUGCUGCCUGAACUAAAACAAGUCACUUUACCUCUCUCUUCCUCCAUGUAGGGGAGACUCGGUUCAGUUCCCAGGCCACUUCCUGCCAAAGGAUCCUACCCUGGUCUUUGCAGAAUAGUUUCGUAAGAAGCAACCGGAGGAUAUGCCUCUUAAUGCUUCUCUCGUGCCUUUUUUUGUUUAACAUUGGCGUCUCAAUGUGGAUUUGGGAAAAGCUCCCCACUAAGUAAUACAAGCUUCCUUCCCAAAAGUGUUAUUAACUAGGGUCAUUGUUGCUCUAGACCAUUCAACAGUGAAUUCUGCAGUGCUGACUGCUGGAUUUUUCUUACUCCUGUACUUCAGAUCAAGUCAUUCCUUGACAAUUCACCCGCUUUGCUAGGGCUAGUAAUUGCACUGGAAAGCUCUGCCUGUGAACCUAAAUACUUUCCAGCCAGAUUGGGAAUGCAAGAACCAAGCCUUAAUCAUGUACCCUGGAUAUAACUCUUGUAUCUGUGUGUUUCCUGGAUAGAGCCUGGGACCUAAUUGUUCUGAUAACAGCAGGUUAUACAGAGAACACUUGGUAUGUGAAGCUCUUAAGUGAUUCAUUGCCUGCAUGCAGAUUAUACAAGUGUUCCUCUGGAUUGCAAAUCCACAAACUGACUACUUUUAACUGUAGAACUCUACCUCUGAAGCUUUUGAGUCAAUAAGCUACACAUGUAGGGUUUACUAAACUGGAUUUAAUAUUGCAUACGGGUCCCUUUACUAAAAGGGGUGGAGUGGUGGCUAUGGGAGGAGAUGCACCAUUUCCAUUAAUUUAAUCUUACUUUUGUAAUACAGGUCUAAUAGGGAAGGAAUACUCUAUCUAGACUCUUUCCAAUCUGACAUACACCCAGGCUUCUACUUGGUUACUAAUAGCAUUGCCUGGAUUGCUGUCAUUUUGAACUCCUGCCUUGUUAGUGAAAUAUGUUGCAAUCCUGCAUUCUUGGAAUUGACUUAUCUUCUCUUUACACCUGCAUAUUGCAUUAGCUGCUGUAUUCUACCUGCCUUGUACACACAUCUCAUUCAAUCUGUUAAUUUAACACCACAGUUAUAAAAAAAAUAAUGAAACUGGACACUAGACCACAUUCCACCUUGGUUGUAUUGUACCAGGAAGGCAGGAUUUUGUCUGUAAAAGCAAACUGCCUCCUGUCUGUUUUGGUAGGUGUGUUCUGAAUGUGUGGAAAUCUUUAAUGUUCCCUCCUUGUGUGAAAGUCCCUCAUGUGACUGUUACUGCAGAGUAGACAACCUGUAAGGACUCCGUAGAAAAUGAGCAGCUUCUGCCGCCACCUUUUUCAGACUUUUCUAGAAAGACAUGCUCUCUUUACUUUCUCAAACCUCUACCCAUUUGCAUGGAGCAUAUAACCACAAGGGCUGGCAUUUUCAGAGAUGUAUAUGGGUGCUUAUCUCUGUGAGUUUGGCUACUCAACUCCCUAAGUGCUUUUAGAAGAUUUCAGUUCAGGUCACCAGGCCAGCUGAUUUUUCUCUUGUGGUUGUCACAACACUUGUUUAAUGUAACUUUUUAACCAAAAAAGGCCUUAAGUGCUUUGUUUAGAAGCUUAUUUUGUUUCAUCAGAGCUAAGAGGACCAUCUUUUGUAAAGAAACUGCAUCUAUUCUGAAGUUACUGGAACACCCUAAACAUAUAAGCCCAAUGUGAAUGGCCUUUUCAGAGUAAAACCUUGCUAUAAUGACAUGAUGAAGCAUACUUUGAAUAUUGUACUACCUGAGACUUUCUUACUGUGAUGAUGAAUCUUUCCAAAUGUGUUUUUAUAACAGGUUUUUUAAAACCCAAAGUAGCAUGUUUUUGUAUCCUGCACUAAGUCCUUACUGCUGAUAAAUCUUGUGCAAAACACUUUCAGACCACAGGCAGUAAAGGUCUACAGGUAUUCCUAGGGAAUGCAGCAAGGAUUUGUUCAUGGAAUUAGGAUUAUAUCAAAUUUGCAUAGAUUGCAGAUGCUCCCAUGCUGAAUAGAGAUAGGAAUUGUCCUGUGGGUUGCAUAACAUGCAGUUUUCCCUGGGCCAACAUUCUCAGAAUAAAAAAAGAUGGGUAUAAAUAGAAGUAUAAAGCUAUAGGGAACAUUUUGGCCAGCUGUGUUGUGUGAUAAAACUGCAUUUUUCUUUUAUGUGAUGUAACAGAUUGAAACAAUUUAUUGUAACUUUUUUCUGAAAAUGGUUUUCAUCCAGUUUUGUAAUCAUCAUGUCAGUGCCUGCUUUUAGGGUCACCACCUCCUAGUACUGUAGGCUCGCAAAACUUUUCAGUAAUUUUUUAGACUUUAUGUAUUUUGAAACGGAGAGAAAAUCUUGUGCCUCAUUUAAAACGUGACAAAACAUUUUUAAAAGUUUACCAACUGAGUGAUAUUUUUGUAAAAUGAAAACCAAUUAUUUUUGGUGAAAUUUUCCACUCCAACAAGUGUUUUGUAUUGUAAACAGCUUCUGUUGGCUCCUAUGCUGCUUUGUAUAUACAUCCUGGUUGCUCUUUUUCCUGGGUCUAAUCAUUUGGCAGACAAGUCUUUUCCUUCUUAAAAGCUCUUACUGUUCUGUAAUAGGUUUAUAUCCUAAGACAUGUGAACAUUUGUUUUUUCAAUAAAGUUGAUACU